GUGCAAAAAAUUCGGUGGAUAACUUUCCUGUUUCAGACCCAAACUUCCGUUUUCUGCUUGAUCACCACAAUCACGCUCUUCUUCUUUGCAGAACUGAUUGCCAAGAAGCACUUGACAGUUCUGUUGCAAAAUGAAAUCUUUGCCGACUUCUUCAACACAUUCCUGAAUCUUCCUGUGUUUGGUCAGACCCCUGUUUUCAUGCACAGCACUCGUCAAUGGUAUCUCUGGCCAGAAUUACCAUGCAACCUGGUAUCAAAGCACAAAGGCUUGAUGAACUGGAUGGAAAAACACCGACUGCCUUACUUCUGCAAAACCAACUUGUGCCUGCACUACCUUCUCUGUGAAGAGCUCCUGAGUUUCGUCCGGUCUCCAGAGGCAGCGGAGAUGCUGAGGUGGAUAAAGGCUGACCAGUGGCUUAUUGAGAAGUGCCUUGCCGGCAGCAGGGGGAUGUGGCGCUUCCGCGCCUUCAUGCAAGGAAUGGCAGGGGAAGAGUUGACCAAGUUCUGGCUCGCUACGGAAAGGAUACUUGGGAUUGACGAGACAGAUGAAUCCCAGCAAGAUCUCUAUGAGUCCCUGAUCCAGGUGUUGAUGGCUACUCAUUUGCAGGAGGGAUCCACAGUUGUCACCCUCUGCAACACAACCAUUGAAUCCCUUCUGAGAAUGACUCCCUACCACCCCCAACACGUCCGCUCUCGGAGGGAAAUCCUGUCUGAGAUGCAAAAAGUGGCCCUGUUCAAGAUCGAAAGCUACUGGCUGCCAAACUUCUACAUCCACUGCAAGUUGAAGAUGGAGACAGAGCCAGCAUGCAGCCAUCUUCUUGAGCAGUAUGAGGAAAGGUUGCACAGGGCAGGUUUGCCGCAGCAGGCUGUGUCUCCUCGGUCGCCCAUGAGCAUCCGGCAGAGCAGCAGCGAAACGAAAUCCUAUUGCAGCUUGGAAAGCAAGAGGAAGGUCUGGGAUCAUGUAACAGGCCAAAUCUACUCUGAAGGAGGGAAGCACAAAGAAGACCGCAGGAAGAAGAAGUCACGCAGAAGCAGCCCGGCACACAAGAAGCACCGUCAUUCUGCAAGACAUUCUGCGAGAUAUUCCGCCAGUUCCAGUCCUUCUCAACCAGACCAGAUCAGGGAUUCGGCAAUGGGCAUUUCCGAUGAAUCGCCCAGCUACAAAAGCAGUCCAAGUGAAUUCAUGUCCUCUCCUAUGGCAAAAGAGCUUGCUGACGCCAUCACCUAUAAUAAGCUGCGCUCUUCCACGCCUGUGGUCCAGUUCCCUUCGCUGCUUGCCUUAAAAACCCUCGUCAAGUCUCCCAUGUGCUUAGAUUUCCUUCCUUGGGCACUCACUGCCGACAAAUGUGCAGGACGCCCCUUCCGGGAGUUUUUGCUGCGCAGGGAUUAUGGCCUGGAGGUGCAUCUCCUGGACCUGUGGCAUGACCUGGAGGACUUUUUGCGCAUGAUGCUCUGCUCCCUUGGCGAAGGGAACAUCCUUCUGUGCCAUGUCAUGGGCGAAAGGAUUUGUGAGCUGUACCUGACCCAGAACAGCAACUGGCACCUCCCCUUGAAACUAACAACUCUCAGGAACUUGCAACAUCUCCUUCCUUCUGGGCAUGUUAUACCCUGGGUACUAAAGGCACAGAAAGAAAUCUGUAAGAUACUCAGCUUCCUUUAUGAGGAUUUCCUUGAGCACGAUGAUAAAAUGUUCCUGUAUUAUGUGAGUGGCAAGGAAAAGAAACCUGCUGCUGAAGAGCCUUACGAGAAGGAUGAGAAUCGCCGCUUGGCCAGGAGAAUCACAGAGGCCUUGCACCUGUGCCAGACCUUAGCUGGCAUGAGAGACUUUGAGCUGCUCAUGGGGGAACACUGGCAGAUGAUGGGCACUCAGGACCUGGGCCUGGGGGGCUCGAUCUUCAUGGAGGCGGAGCCUGUGGUACGCAAGACAGAUUACAGCAGCAUGACGUUUGAGGAGCUGGCCCGACUAAACCCCAAGAUGGCUGUGGAACUUCUAAGCAAUAACUUCAAGGCAUUCUGCAAAAGUUGCCCAUCAAGUGGCGUGUUCAGUCGUCCGUUAUCUAUGAAAAGGAAUCUCCACUGGACCCGAUCAAGUUUGUCCUUCAUGAGGAAGGGGCCUGCCUCAAGAAAGCCCCUUCUGAGGCCCAGGGCACUCUCAGAAGUGCUGCAGAACUCCAUCCACUUGGAUUACUUCAGGCAGUUUCUCAAGAUGAACAACGCCGAAGCCCCACUCCUUUUCUGGAUAGCUGUGGAAGAACUCAAAAACGAGGCGAAUCCUAGGGUUCAGCGCCUUCAGAUCAAUGACUGCGUCAGGACUUUUUUCUUCCACAGUAUCCCACCCGAAAAGCUGUUGGAUUGUGAUGCUGAUAUUAUCAAAGAGAUUCCAAGGGCAGCUAAUGUGACUGUUCCCAUGUUGGUCACAGCACAAUUUUUUGUCAUGAAGGUCUUGGAAGAGAAAUGGUUUCAACAGUAUCAAGGCCUAUAUCCUGAAAGUGACCUUUCCAUUACUGCAGGUGGAGGGAGGGGAAUGAGGCCCUCGGUGAUGCAAGAAAGAAUGAGAAGGUACUGGAAUGUUCUUGGUACUUUCAUCAGGACUGUCUGCAAGUUCCGAAAGGCAAUGAGUUACGUAGGGCAGCGCAAACGCUUUGAAGAUUUCCUCCACCGGGAACUGAAAAAUGAUAAGGAAAAUGUUCAAUCCUCACCUCAGAGCCAGACCCGUGGGAGCUUCAGUGGAAUGAGUGGGCGUCACGGUUCCACGUUUGAAGAUGCUGAAGUGCUACAAGUGAAGCGCAGGAUCUUUGGCCGCCUCAUCUCAGUCAACUUCUUGGUCAACGAUCUCUAUUUUUACCUGGAGAUGGAGAAGUUUUUUUACCUCUCUGACUCCGUGGUAAUCCUGUCCUCCCUUGGGUUAUACACCGAGAAAGAUAUUGCCUUUCUGAAGAGCAAAGUGUCCACCAUCAACAAGCUCUUUUUGAAUUCAGAUAUCCCACCUAAACUGAGGGUCAACCUCACAGAUGCACAGGUCAUUCAGAUCCGAAAUUUUAUUGCUGAAGGUGUGCUGAACAGGACUCUUUAUCAUUCUGCUUUUAUGAGUAUCUUUCCAGUUUUAUUAUUCUACUGGAAGAAAUAUUGCAUUUGGAAGGCAAUGAGGGGCUUCAAAAAACCCAAGGCAGAGAAAACAGAACCUUCUCCUACUGUGGUUCCAACAAAGAUAUCUAGGAGGCCCAGCUGUUACACUGGUGAUUAUCCAGUCAUCAGGUAUACGAUAUUCAGAGGCAUUGAGCUACUCCUGCCGCAGCCUAAGGAAGAAGCAGAAGAAGUGCCUGCCGAGAAGUCUUCAGUGGGAAGUUUAGAAGCAUUAAGAAGGUCUUCAACAACAAUAAAUGUGCCCCAGAGACGGGCCUCAUCUGUAGUUGCUGGAAAUAAACUGAUAUAACUUAAUCUCACACUGUUCCUUGCCUGGGCAUCAUGGAAAAGAUAAUUCCAAGCAUUUUCGGCUGGAUGACAAAACUUCACUGCAGGUCAGGACUGAAGUCUUUUAAUGAAACAGCAUUCACUAGG